UUUGGGGAGUGAGGGGGAGGAGGAUGAGUUUGAUGGUUCUGGGGAAGGGAAGAAGGGGAAGGGUGGGUUUCGGUUGGAGGGCCGUGGGGGCAUGCGGCCCUUGCGGCUUGAGAGGCAUGAGCAUGAGGAACGCGUUGUUAGUGUUAAUAUGGAGUCUAGUACUACUGGUGCUGGGCAAGCGAAGAAGGAGGCUGAGGCCAAGGCGAAGAGGAAGGAAGAGAAAAAGAAGGAGGAUAAUGCUUUGUUUGUGGAGCAGGAUGAUGAGGUGGAUGAGGAGGAGGACAAUGAAUCCCCCGUCAAGGAGGAGCCUACGGAUGAUGAUGACCGCGUUAUGACUGAUGUGCCUCGUGUCGAUGAGGCUGCUACGAUGGUCGAUGAUAAUUUGCUCCCAGUCCAGAAGGUCAAGGUGCGCCGCAAGCUGAGCCCGUCUAAGUCUGUCUCUGAGACGUCGUCUGCCGUCCCCAGUCCUGAGCCUGAGGUGGUCGUCGAUCCGAAGAGUUUGCUACGCACAAAGGAGGAGAUCGAGGAGUACGAGAGGCAUGAGCAGGAUCUGGAGAUCGUCAAGGAUCUCUUUCAAAAGGAGCCGCGUCCGGAGGCCCCCGAGACCUCGGCGGGGACAUCUGCUGCGGCGGCGGAGGGCGAGGAGAAGGACAAGGAGGGCGAGGGACAACAGCAGGAGGAAGAAGAUGAAUCCGCCAAGGAUAAACUGGCCGGGCAGCUGUUCCUCAUGCAGUUCCCGCCAUUGACCCCCAACCUGGUGCUCCCCGGUACCGAGACCACCGACGCAGCACCGACCGAGCAACCCCCACCAUCACAACAACCGGUCAAGCGCGAAGACGAGAUGGAAAUCGUCGAUGGGGAGGACGAGGCGACGGUUGCGCGCGGCUCGUCCAAGCUGGUCACGGCCGCCGAUCCGGGCCUCUCGGCUGGCCGAGUCGGCAAGUUGAACGUCCACGCUUCGGGUCGGGUGACGAUGGACUGGGGUGGAAUCAGCUUCGACUUGGACCGCGCGACGGCCGUGGACUUCCUCCAGGAAGCUUUGAUUGUGUCCACGCCGCCGAAUGCGGGCGACGAGGAGUUCCCCGAUGACGAAAAGAAGGUGUGGGCGAUGGGUCAGCUCAGCGGCAAGUUUACAGUGACGCCGAACUGGGAGAAGAUGCUGUGAGGCUGGGGAGUGGGGGCAUGAGUAC